UCCGUUUUUUUGAGUAGAGUUCCUGAGGGACUGAGGGAGGCGGGCGGGUAGCAGGCAGGGAUGGCAGAGAAUAGUUGUGAUAUGAAUGGUGGCAGCUCCUUUUGUCGGAGGUGUUCGGGGCAUUCAUGGGGAGAGAGGGGCCAAGUUAGUGGCGUGUCUAAGUGGGUUCGCCUGAAUGUUGGAGGAACGCACUUUCUGACGACACGGCAGACGCUGUGCAGGGACCCUAAGUCUUUUUUAUACCGAUUGUGCCAGGCCGACCCCGACCUCGACUCUGAUAAGGAUGAUACUGGUGCCUACCUAAUAGACAGAGAUCCUACAUUCUUUGGACCUGUAUUGAAUUAUUUGAGGCAUGGAAAACUAGUCAUAAACAAGGAUUUAGCAGAAGAAGGUGUUCUGGAAGAAGCAGAAUUUUAUAACAUCACAUCUUUAAUAAAACUUGUAAAAGACAGAAUACGAGAACGGGACAGCAAAAUAUCACAGGUGCCGGUCAAACAUGUGUACAGAGUACUCCAGUGUCAAGAAGAAGAGCUAACUCAGAUGGUGUCCACAAUGUCUGAUGGUUGGAAAUUUGAACAACUUAUCAGUGUAGGUUCCCCAUACGGCUACGGGCGGGACCACCAGUCAGAGUUUCUGCUGAUUGUGUCGAGGGAAGUGAAGGGGGAGGAGACCAGUUUCCAGAAUCGCAGCAGUGAGCUGGUCAGUAUUGGCUCUUCCUAUAAUUAUGGAAAUGAAGAUCAGUCUGAAUUUCUCUGCGUUGUUUCCAAGGAAUUGCACAAUACCCCUUAUGGCACAAACAGUGAACCCAGUGAAAAAGCAAAGAUCUUACAAGAAAGAGGAUCAAGAAUGUGAAGAUGCAGUAUUGAAUCCUGUUUUGUACUGUUUUAUUCCAGUUAAACUCCAAGACAAUGUAUCACCAUGUUACAGAGCCUUGGGUGUGAAAUGAAAACGUAAAAUUCUAUAUGACCUGGCAGAAAAUGUUCUGGUUGUUGGGUGCCAUUGAUUUACCUUAGAGAAAGCACUAGCAGGAGUGGUUUAUGAAAAAGUAUGCAUCUUUCUGAAGUUCCGUCUUAAAAGUUUGGUAAUAUCUUGCUUUGCAGUAUUGUGAGUAGGUUAACUGUUUCUGGUCCUUUUGUUACUGUGACCAGUUGCAUACUAAUUUUUACAGUCACAAGAUUUAUAUAGCACUGUUGAUCAUGUGCUUCUUUUUCAUGCCAGGCAUAAUGUGGGACAGUUUGGUACUAAGUGUUGCAGAUAUUAGAAGGUUAUUGCUUAAUGGCUGUUAAAUGUACGUUAUACUCCAGUUAAAUUCUUAUAGAUGUUAUAGGUUUACAACUAAUUUGUCAACUGAAGUUUGUUCUUUUUUUCAUUCCUCUUGCUUUCUUAUACUGUUGCUCUUCAUACGAGUGACAGAAGUGAAAGAAGAUGCAGGUUAUGAGGUUAAUAUUAAACUUCAUUUGAGAAGAGGAGUGGAAACAGCACAUUGGGAAGAAGAAUGGCUCUAAGCAGGAUGGCAGUAGUGCUUUUGUAUCUGGAAUGGUGAAGUUUGUUAGCAGUAAUAAACAAGUUCCUCAGCAUCAUUAUGCUACAAAGGGAAUUUGACUUAUUAGUUAUGUAUAUUUUGAUACGGUUCUUAUAUAUGUGUAAUGAAUUAAAACUGUAUAAAGGACAUCUGCAUUGCAGCUAAGUAAGCUUAAUGGCUUCUUUGAAAACUUUGUGCUGUACUCUUUGGCAAUUAAAUUAAACUCAGAAGCCAUUUCUGAAAUGGUUUUCUCUGGGUAUCUGAACUUUUUUCCUUUGUUUAAAAAAAUGUACAUAAUCAGCCAGAUGUUUCUUUACAUUUUUGUAAAAGCCUAACAUGGCAGUGUUUACACUAAUAAUUGGGAUUCUGUAAAGCAGUUAAGUAAAGGCUGGUAUUAAAAAAUA